UUUUGGGACGGCAUAUAACAUGUGUGAGCAUGUGACCAGUGAGCAGGACAGAGACGACCCACCUCCUGAUGCUGAGUGGUCAUUCCCUGUGGAGGCAUGUCAGCCUGUGACAUCAAAGAGUCAAAUUAGCGACAGUGAUGAUGAAGAGGAGACAGAAGAGAAGAAAGACGAAGAAGAGGAAGAAGGUUUGCAAACUAUUACAAAGGUUAAAAAAAGGGAUGGGGACACUCGAUGCCUUGCAGAUUUCAAUACCAAUCGACGGCAUUCAUUCUCAGACAACAUCUCAGGUGGAAGGUCUUUCCCCCUCUCCAUAGAGGACCUGGGACAGUUUGCUCUGCGCCCUGCUCCAAGAGAUUCAACAAUCCAGUGCAGGAUAACAAGGGACAGAAGAGGCAUGGAGAGAGGAAUUUACCCCACAUAUUACCUCCACCUUGAGAAAGAGGAUGGGACACGGGUCUUUCUGAUGGCUGGCAGGAAGAGGAAAAAGAGCAAAACCUCAAACUACCUGAUCUCCACUGACCCAACUGACUUAUCCAGAAAGACAAAGAGCUACAUUGGCAAAUUACGGUCCAACGUGCUGGGUACUAAAUUCACUGUGUUUGACAGCGGAGAAAAUCCAGAAAAACAGCCUUUUAUCAAAGAGACAGAGAUGCUUCGUCAGGAGCUUGCAGCCAUCUGCUAUGAGAAAAACUUGCUGGGGUUUAAGGGCCCGAGGAAGAUGGCUGUGAUUAUUCCUGGAAUGAGGGCAAAUGAUGAGAGAGUCAUUAUCUGCCCUAAAAAUGACCUUGAGUCGCUGACCUGUCGUUAUGAGAACGGCAAUACGGACAACCUAGUGUGUCUGGUGAAUAAGUCGCCAGUUUGGAACGAGCAGACGCAGUCCUACGUGCUCAACUUCCACGGGCGUGUUACUCAGGCUUCCGUCAAGAACUUUCAGAUCAUCCAUCCCGACAAUGCGGACUACAUCGUCAUGCAGUUUGGCCGUGUUUCACACAAUGUCUUCUCCAUGGAUUACAGCUUCCCGCUGUGUGCUCUUCAGGCCUUUGCCAUCACACUGUCCUCCUUUGAUGGCAAACUGGCGUGUGAAUAAGUACCACUGCGUGGGUGAUGAUUUCAUAGGGCUUUGUUAUUUAUGUCUAGUCCAUAUCGACGGUUAGUCUCAUGUCAUCUGCUCAUUAUUAAUUGGCAAUUUA